AAUCACGAAAAGAGUCAUUCAAUUUGGGAUAGUUUGAGGCUAUUGAUGUACAUAAUGGAUCGACAGGACCUUGCUUCUGAGUGUAACCAUCAAAACCUACAAGCAUUCAAAGGACUGUUUAAAUAAAGACAACUCCGAGACUACGUUGAUUUUUUUUUUCUUUUUUUCUUCUUUAUUAUUCAUGCAGUCUUUACCUAUAAAAAAAACCAUGCAAGACUCAGAGAAUCGAAAACGAGCACAUAUGGAGUCAGAGUUCCUACCUGACGAUCCUCCACAAAAGACACUACGACAACUAGAGCAAGAAAAAGUACUUGUUGAUGAUCCUAUAAGUUCGUUUAGUCAACACAAUGCCACGCAAGACUCUUUUGACUUGCCUUUGAUUGAAUCAAACCCUAGUUUUGAACUCAAAGAAGACGAUGAUGAUAACGAGGACCUAGUAACACCUUUUAUGUUUGAUCUAAGUUUUGAAAAACCCAGAGCCAGAUCCAACAGUAUUCCUUCUGUAGAUGGAUCUACACAACAGGCGACUGUAAUUUCUGACUUUUCGUCUAUCAAUGAUAGCCAAAUCAAAACAAAAGAUGAACUAGAAAGCAUUGUUUCUGAUUUUUCAACAGAGUACGUGCCAGCUCAACCUACUCACUUGCCUACAUUUCAACCCAAGUUUGAUUUGUCUGCGCAUAAAAUACCAGUGCCUUCUGAUAUCCGACCUGCUGGAAAAUCUAAAAAGCGAUUCAUUGACCUUAAAAAGAAUGGAUUAGCAGAUCAUGCUUUAGCGGUGAUCAAUCAAGAAAAAGAAUCGUUUCAUCAUUGGGAAACAACUGUGAAUGGUCAAAUGGCCAAGUAUGGCAAUAUCGUGGAAGUAUGUUGUCGAGAAGAUCCAGAGAUUAUUUUAUUUCGCAUGAUAGAGACUUGGACAGAAGGCGGCCUUGUGUUUUCCUGGUGUGUCUUACUGAAAGAAAAUGAAAUUGAAUAUCUGCGACCAAAGAACUAUCAACUGGAUAACCAAGACACAAUUACAAGUUUUCCUUCUCAAACAAUACCACAAUUACCAGACUAUAUACCAGAUGAACAAGAAGAAAAGUUUCUAUUUGGGUUCUCAUUUGCUUAUAUGCAUACCAACCUAUCUAGAGAAAAGUUUGUUGAACAAGAACAAGUAGUAGGCAUCUGGCCUUGUUGGAUUGAAAUCAACCUAGACCUAAAGGAACAUGGUCCUUGUACAGUCAAUUUAGCCACCAAAUUCAAAGCAAAUACAAUUUAUUAAAAUUUGUAGACUUGGUCUUCCAUCUUGGACACUGCCCUAGGCUUUUGGUAUCCUAAUUCAUUGGUUGCUGCUGUCAUGGCCUUAAUCAUGGGCAAUGGACCACAAAGU